CAUAGGUUGGCAGGAAAUUUAAAACGGCAGCAAGCUGCUGCUCGGACCACCCCCAGACUUUUUUUUUUCCCUUUGAUGCAGAAGACUAUUUAAUUGGGGGCUGACUUGUCAAACUUGCUCACUGACGCUUACCGGUAGCUGCCUAACCACUAACGGUGAUUUUUUUUCCUCCCUUCCUCCUCCUUUGGACAAGCUCCCCACAAUGAAGAUGCUGCUGAGCCUGAUUGCUCUGCUCUCUGCUGCCCUGUUAGUCAAUGCAGCCCCUCCAACUUGCUACUCGAGAGUGUUGUCUCUGAGCAAAGAAAUCACGGAAUCCUUUAAGGAGUUACAGACCUCCAAAGCUGUGGACUCAUGUGUGGAGAUGCUGCCCAGGCUGUACUUGGACAUACAUAAUUACUGUGUGUUGGCAAAACUCCGUGAUUUCGUGGCCUACCCCAGAUGUGAGAGAGUCCUUGAAGUGAGUGAGCUGAAGGAAAAAGCCCGGAGCCUGUACACCAUCAUGAUCUCCUACUGCAGAAGGGACUUGGUGUUCCUCACUGAUGACUGUAAUGCUCUGGAAAGUCCUGUUCUGCCUCCCAUUGAGCCCUCCAUCAUCGAGAGCUAGAAGGGAGCCAACCCAAAAGCUGUACCUGGGAAAUUUUCAAGGAGACAAAGAGUCAAAAUAUGUAUACACAGUCAACUACAAUGUUAACAACUAAGAUCUUUUUCAAGCACACUAGCAAUAUUAUCUCAGACCUACCCAUUUUUCUCUGCCUUGGCAGGAAAUGAACUGCAUGCCUUGCAUACCUACUGAGCUGCUAGGGAAACUAUGGUUAGAGAGCAUUUUUUCAUUUGGCAAGGUAUGAUAUUUCAGCUUAGCCAAAUGUAUAAAGUAUGUUUUGUUUAAACAUUAGAUACUAGAUUUUUUUUUACUCUUUUAUGAAUAUCUAGAUUCAUAUAAAGAAAAUACAUUAUGAUCAAUAUUAUAUCCUGACUUAGCAGUUCUUUUAUUAGAUGGGCAUGGAAGGGACCAUGGUUUUUUUUCUUAAAGUGUUUGAUAGGAGAAGUGUAACUCUGUGCUGGCAGAUGUCUCUCUACUUGUAUAGCUCAUAUAUGUAUGCUGGUAGUUUUUGAUGUCAGACUUGUAAGAAUAGAGGUGAAAGUGACAUGUCUCUGUGGCAAACUAAAUAAAAACAGCCUUCUAACCCAA